ACUCUCACAAAUUUAUUGACAAUUAUGAUUUACCACGAUUUUCUAUUCCAUUUUAAUUCUUCGAAUAAUUAUAUUUACCUUAGGAUUAUUUCUCUCAGCUUUCAAUUAUUCUAAUGAACUUUAUUCUUCCGCCACUUUAUUGUUUAUUCACAUACCCAAUCUUCGAGUCCGUCUACUGUACUUCUCUUUACUCCGCCUCUCUCCCCAUUUUUCUCGAUCAAGUCGAUCUAAACUCAAAACCCAUCGGAGCAUAAUUCAGUCUUCGCACCAUGACUCUUGGCUCAGGAGGAUCCAGCGUCGUCGUCCCUCGAAAUUUCCGGUUGCUGGAGGAGCUCGAAAGAGGGGAGAAGGGCAUUGGGGAUGGUACAGUAAGCUAUGGUAUGGAUGAUGGAGAUGAUAUCUACAUGCGAUCCUGGACUGGCACAAUCAUAGGCCCACACAAUUCUGUGCAUGAAGGGCGUAUAUAUCAGUUAAAACUGUUUUGCGACAAAGAUUACCCAGAGAAGCCUCCCAGUGUUCGAUUCCAUUCUCGAAUUAACAUGACCUGUGUAAACCAUGAAACUGGUGUGGUUGAACCGAAAAAAUUCGGACUUCUGACAAAUUGGCAGAGAGAGUACACAAUGGAAACCAUACUAACACAGCUCAAGAAAGAAAUGGCGGCCUCACACAACCGUAAGCUCGUUCAGCCUCCGGAAGGAACUUAUUUCUAGCCUAAAGACAAAAAUGGCCCCGUCAAUCCAUAUGCUGAUUUCAAUAGUUUCGUGUCUAUUUUUUUUUUUUUUUAGCAAGUUGUAAAGGGGAAUGCUAUCCCGUAAGCUUUCUCCUAUCAUCUCACUUGAUCUGUUUUGUAUUGUACUCAUUCGCUUGUUUUUUGUGUUCUUGGGACAUUUUGGUUGAUCGGGGUUCAUAUAUGAAGAUUAUUAUAAGCAUAUCAACUCGUCAUUUUAGCAGUGAUGGUAUUUGUUAAUCGUAAAAGAUUUACGGGCGUAUGUUGAAGUAUCAAUGGGACUAUGGAUUAUGGUGAGAUCUUUCUAUAAUUUAAGGUUUGCUGCAAUAUCCUUGUUCACAUUGCUGGAUCAAAUGAGUUGGGCAAAUUGCAGUCAGGUUUGCAUUUGAACAAUUUAUUUAGUAUGCCUCAAUCAGAUGCUGGCAUUGUGGACUUGAGGAUAUGCUUUUGGUGAGAAUGUGAUGUUCCCUUCUAGAGCUUUUGGAUAUUUUGAUUUUUCCUUUUUGCCAUAUUUUGAGUUUGGGAUUUUGAUGUGACUAAGGAUAAUUGAUGUAUUUAAAGCAUCAUGUUUAAAC